AUGGGAACCAAGUCGAAGAAGAAGGCCAAGACGCGUCUCGACGCGUACUACCGGCUCGCCAAGGACCAGGGCUUCCGAGCACGCUCGGCCUUUAAGCUCAUUCAGCUCAACCGCAAGUAUGACUUCCUCGCCAAGAGCCGCGUGCUUGUCGACCUUUGCGCGGCGCCUGGCGGGUGGUGCCAAGUCGCGGCGAAGCACAUGCCGGUCGGCUCAAAAAUUGUCGGAGUUGAUUUGGUCCCCAUCGCACCGAUCCGCGGCGUCAAGACGUUCGUUGGUGAUAUCACCGACGACAAGACGCGCAAGAUCAUCUCUACCUACCUCAAGAAGGAACCGGUUGACUGCGUCAUCCACGACGGUGCUCCGAACGUUGGCGGUGUGUGGUCGCGCGACCUCUUCGAGCAGAACGCGUUGGUGCUGCAUGCCGCUAAGAUGGGCUGUUCGAUGCUGCGGCCCGGCGGCUGGUUUGUCACGAAGGUGUUCCGCUCGCAGGACUUCCACAAACUCAUGUGGGUGCUGAAGCAGCUCUUUGACAAGGUGGAGGCAACGAAGCCGCUCGCCUCCCGUAUGGAGUCGGCGGAGAUCUUCGUGGUGUGCGCCGGCUUCAAGGCUCCAAAGCACCUUGACCCCGCCAUGUUCACCGCACAGAAGGUCUUCUCCGACGUCGGUGAGGAAAAGAUCCUCACGCCGUCUGGUGCGUUCGUGGUUCCCAAGUCGAACGUGCCGGCGGGAUACGAUGAGUUCGCCACUGUCGCCCAACGUGUCGCCGCAUUCACGGAGUUCCUGCAGUGCAGCGAUCCCAAGACCUUCCUGCGCUCACACCACGAGCUGCGCUUCGCCACGGCGGAGGACAAGGCAUACCUCAAGUCGAAGUACUCCAAGAAGGAGCUGGUGUAUCUCUGCGGCGACUUGCAGCAGGUGGGCGACGCAGACCUGCGGCGUAUGGUGCGAUGGCGGGAGCAGAUUCUGCGCGAGCAGGAACAGAAGCUCAAGGCCCAGCAGCAACAGAACGGGGGCGGUGACGGCAACGACGACGAAGAAGAGGACGACGAAGAUGGCGAAAAGGACAGCAACAUCAACAGUGACGACGACAGUGAUAAGAUUGACUUUGACAGUGCAGAGGGCGUGGCGAAGAUUGCACGUGAACUGCUGGAGUUGCGAAAGCGACAGUCAAAGCAGCUUAAGAAGAAGCAGAAGAAGAUUGUUGACCGUAAACUGAAGCAGAUCAAGGGACUAAUCAACUACGACCCCAACACGAGUGCAGAACACAUGACGGAGACAGACGGCUUUAUGAAGGACGUGGCUGAUGAAGACGACGAUGCAGCAGUAGGUGGUAGCGAUGAAGGCGACGUUGACGACAAUGGUUUCACUGUUGAGAAACUGGCGACUGUUGACGAGGCCGAUGUGGCGGCGUUGCUCGACAAACACUGGGAGGAGCCGGACGAGCGCCUCAACGACCCGCUCAACCCCGUCAUGAACGCCAACCUCAACGGUGAAGAAGACUGGGACUUGGGCAGCGCGACGGAUGAAACGCGGGAUGACGACGACGAUGUGAAGCGGCCGCUGCAGCUCGUGGAGGGUGAAGAGGACGGCGUUGAUGUCGACAACUACGGUAACUACAUUCCGGCGAAGCGAUCGGCGCGUGUCGCACUGUACGACGAGGGCAUCGUGACGCGCGACGACGAGGAGGGAGGGGAUGAUGAUGAUGGUAAUGAUGAAGAGGACGCCGCCACACGGCAGAAGAAGGCGAAGGACCAGCAGGACCUCGACACCGCCGCUAAGCAGAGCAAGUGGCUGCGGCACCACGUCAACAUCGAGAAGGUGCUGAACCAGACAUUCCCCAAGCCGCGGGACAACAACAAGAAGCGGAGCAAACGCCUCGAAGAGGAACGUGUGGAGAUGACGGCAUCCUCCCCGCUCAACGUCGGAAACAGCACGAGCACCGCACACAAGAAGAUGCGCUUCGACAGUCGCAUCGACGACGACGACAACGACGACGACGACGAUGAUGAUGAUGACGAUAGCGGCAUGGAGGACGACGUGUCGGACAUCUCCGUCGGCCGCUCUAGCGACGACCGCAGCGACCUCGACGUGCGCGUUGGGCGCGUUGACAGCCGCCGCAAGCGCGCGCUCGUGCCGGACAUUGGGAAGCUCACGACGCAGGAGCUCGUGCGGCAGCAGCGGCGGCAGACGCUGAAGGACAACGCCGCCACAGCCGCGGCGGCACGCAAACGCAAGCGCAAGGACGACGCGGAGUUCGAGGAGAUCCCCGUCGCCCUCACCGACCCCGAGAUCCGCGCACGCACACUCGCCAUCGCGACGAAGAUGCUCGACCCGCGCAGCCGCCGCGACAUGCUCGAGGCGGCGAUCAACCGCUACACCUUCAACGACGACGACGACCUCCCCGACUGGUUCAUCAAGGACGAGCAGCGCAACUGCAAGGUCGUGAUGCCGGUGACGGCGGAGGAGGUGGAGGCGCAGCGGCAGCGCUUCCGCGAGAUGAACGCGCGGCCCGGCAAGAAAGUCAUGGAGGCGGUGCACCGCAAGCGCAAGCGCGCACAACGCAUGCUGCGCGGCAUGAUCGAGAAGGGAAAGUCCGACCCACGCGCCCGCGAGAAGGCGAACGGCAUGUCGGUGCGCAAGCUGAUGCGCUCGCAGGCGAUCAAGGGCGACGCCGGCCGCAAGAAGAAGAAGGGGCCACUCGACCCCAAGAAGAUGGGCGAGAUGCGGCGCACAAAGCAGCGGGCGAAGCGUCGCCGUUGA